AUGUGACACUAUUCUAAACACCAAAAUGGCCUCCCCUCAAUUGAGUGGCUACCAGUGUGAGUUCGUUCAGAGUGUGGGGGAUUACGAGUGCCCCCUGUGUCUGCAUGUGACCCGAGAGCCCAGCCUCACCAGCUGCUGUGGACAACACUUCUGUCAAGCCUGCAUCCAAAAGAUACUCACCGACAACAAACCUUGCCCCUUUUGUAAGAUCGAUAGUUUCACCGUGUUUCUAGACAAAAAGCACCGAAGAAGACUUCUCGAUCUCAAGGUCUAUUGCGAUAACAAAGCUGUUGGUUGUGACUGGGUGAGUGGUUUGGGAGAGCUAGAACAACACCUUGGAGAGAAAUGCGCAUUAGUUUCUGUGGAUUGCCAGUACAACUGUGGAGAAAGUGUUGAAAGAAGAUUUCUAACGAAGCACACAACUAACGAUUGUCCCAAGAGACCACACAGCUGUGACUACUGUCUGCUGGAGGGAACAUAUCAAGAGAUCCAAGACGACCACCUCCCAGUGUGCUCAAAGUAUCCGGUGGCGUGCCCCAACGAGUGUGGAGUGGCUCCCCCAGAGAGAGGUCAACUGGAGGGGCACCUGAGAGAGUGUCCUCUGAUAAUGGUCGAGUGUGAGCUGAAGGAGCUGGGCUGUGAGGAGGUGGUCCAACGGAAGGACGCGGACAAACACAUGGAGCAAGCUGCUCAGAAACACUUGAGGUUAUCGACUAGCUAUUUCAUAAACAAUCAGAAAAGGCAAGAUGAAGCAAUUGCUAAACUACAAAACGAAAAUGAAAAAUUACGCAGUGAAUUGAAACAGUCAUUCAAAGAGCAACAAAUAGAAUUGGUAACAGAAAUUCAAUCCAAAUCUAAAGAGCUGUCAGUUUUAUCCAGCCAAGUGGACACUCUUACACGCUAUGUAGGGACUAGCUGCACUAGUAUGACUGUCAAGUAUGCAUAUGAAACGAGCAGAUGGACCAACAGUGAGCAGUUUCAGACUUUUCCAACAGGAUACAUCAUGAAGGUUAAUUUGUAUUUCAACAAUUUUAAGGGUACACUUGAUAUUGAGCUCACCCCUGUUUCGGCCCAAGCUAACGACAAGCUCGAUUGGCCAAAAACCUUCGCUAUGACAGCAACUAUGUUCAACCAGGCCGGUGACCAUAACAACUAUCAGAUUACCAGAGAUUUGAAAGUGAGGAUGAGGCACUAUAACGAUGAGAUUAAAAUAAACUGCGACACUAUAGAAAAACCUUCUUGUGGAGUCAAGUACAUCGUUAAUGGCCACGUCAAGUUCCAAAUGUUUGUGAAAGAGAAAUAAACUAACUGCAUGACAUUGUAGUUAUUACAUGGUAUGCAACUUUAUUGGCACGGUAUAGCAAGACAAUUUUGUUUACAUGUAUAACGAGUGUUGCAAUUAAGCUGCGCUGUGCUAAUGCCUCUUGCUAUGUUAUGCUCUUGCUCAAAAAUUUAAGUGAUGAAUAAGCUUUUUUCGAAAU